AUGGAUAGAAAGAAGGUUAACCUAACAUACAUAGAAAAUUACUUUGAUAGGAGAGCCACAUGCGCAAGGAGAGCGCAAGGAUUGAUAAAAAAGACACGAGAAAUCAAUGUCUUGUGUGGCAUAGAUGCUUGUGCCGUUGUUUAUGGACAAGACGGUCAAAAACCUAUUGUGUGGCCUUCAUCAAAAGCGGAAGUUACAAGGAUAUUCUCCAAUUAUGAAAGAAAAUCUAAAGUAAAUCAAUCUGAAAGGUUUUUGAAUCAAAAAACAUUUUCGGAUCAAAGUGUUAAGAAGGAAGAGGAGAAGCUAAAGAAGAUUCAAAAGAGUAAACGAGAGAUUCAAACGGAGAAUCUUGCGACUGAUAUUAUGAAUUGUAGAUCUAGACUCGAGCAAGUCGCACCUAACGACUUGAAAUACUUGAUUUCGGUGAUAGAGAAUAGAUCAAGGUGUAUCCAUAACCGUAUAAGGGUCGUGGAAAGAGGAAAUAACAAUAACAAUAUUUCUCUUCCUCAUAACCCAAUUGCUAAAGAUGUCGACACUUCCAUUUUGAACCCCAAUCAGUUUAUUGGUAAAGAGGCGAUGACUGGGAUUUACGCUUUCAUGAGGCAGGUGGAUUCACAUAUGGGAGUUGUAUUUUAGCGAUUCACCUCAUUCCUUGCUUGUUUAGUAGCUAAAAUGAAGAUCGUGGGAUGAUGCUUUGUGGGGUGUAGCAUGUUGCAAGUUCUAACAUUUUAACACAAACCUU